AUGGCCGAUACGACGCCUUCGACGGUUACGCCGGCAUCGGUUUCCAGCGGGAUCGAGAAAGACGCCCCUUCAACGGCCAGCGCCACUCUCGCGCAGGUUCGAUCGUUCGUUGCGGGGGGUGUUGGCGGCUUGUGCGCAGUCGUCGUGGGGCAUCCGUUUGACUUGGUUAAAGUACGGUUACAAACCGCGGAAAGAGGGGUUUAUUCGGGCGCCAUCGAUGUUGUCAGGAAAACAAUCGCCAGGGAAGGCCUGGCCCGACUUUUGGGUACGUCGUUGAAAACUACCAUACCCAAGCUCCUGCCGCACUGUUUGCUGAUUUCCAAUCACCAGGGAUAUGACUUGGGUAAAACGCUCGUCCGCUCGUUCUCCACUGUUCCCGAAAGCCACGGCACCCCCCAAUACUCCAUCGCCCAAAUCUCUGCCGCUGGGUUCUUCUCCGCGAUCCCAAUGACCUUGAUCACUGCGCCUUUUGAGAGGGUAAAAGUGUUGCUGCAGAUCCAGGGCCAAAAUCCGCCGCCUCCUGGUCAGAAUCCAAAAUACUCUGGCGGAAUCGAUGUCGUUCGACAGCUGUACAAAGAGGGCGGGAUUCGAAGUGUAUUCCGAGGGAGUGCAAUGACGCUGGCGCGUGAUGGGCCGGGGUCGGCGGCAUAUUUCGCGGCCUACGAAUAUAUCAAGCGGAGGCUGACGCCGAAAGAUGAAAAUGGAAACGUCACAGGCGAACUGUCCCUCACCGCUGUUCUCACAGCUGGUGGCGCUGCCGGAGUAGCGAUGUGGAUUCCAGUAUUCCCCGUCGAUACCAUCAAAUCCCGUUUGCAGAGUGCCGAAGGUCGUCCGACAAUUCUAGGUACUAUCCGGGGUGUUUACGCCAGUGGAGGCGUCAAAGCUUUCUUUCCCGGGUUCGGGCCUGCGUUGGCUCGAGCUGUGCCCGCCAAUGCUGCUACAUUCUUAGGAGUUGAACUUGCUCAUAAAGCCCUGACAAAGAUUCUGGGUUAA